GGCGGUCCCUCUCGCCGAGCAGCUCCGCCCCGCAGUCGAGGACAGACAGCGAGGAGACGGAGACAUGUGCUGAGAGAGAGACAGCGCGCUGUGGAGGCAGGACCGCUCGACUAUAGGAAGGAAAGACAGAAAAUGUCAUUUCGCACUUGUGAGAGCGUCGUCGGUCCGUGAGGAACAGCAAGUUGUUGACGCGCAGAAGCGACAUUUAAAGCGACACUGCAUCAACUUUGCGCGUGAUGCGGCGCGUGCGGGUUCGGCAUCGCGACUGUGAGAGCGCCGCGAGACCGCAACCGAGAUAACUUUCACACGGUAGUUCGUCACGGAAGUCUAGGCUACUUUUUCCUCUCACUGACUGCUGAUAAAGAAGACCGACUCGCUUCAGGUGGCUUCAGAGAGAGGAGACGCACGGACCGCGCGCGCGAGUGUGGAGUACCGGCAGGAUUUUAGAGCGCGCACGUUCACCUGAAUGGAUGCUAACGAUAUGGCCACUUUUUACGAGUCUGAGAAAAGUUUCUGAAAACCGCUGGAAGGAAGAAUGGAUGCGAAAAGCGAGCGGUAUUGUAGUUUGACACGCAGCGCGAUCGUCAUGGAAACAUCUCAAGCUGUGGAGGUCGAGAUGCUGGAUGGAUCCUCCGUGAGAAGUUCAUUCGCUGAGCUUUGACUUUACUUUUAUUCCUUCGCAGAAGAAUGUGAUGCGUGUGAAUAAGACUCACCCACACGUGAUCGUUCUUCUUAAGCGCACCUGUUAUUAUUAACUGAGCUUGUAUUUUCUCCCCGUUUGUGUUGACAUUAUGGACAAGAACUCUAUUGCGCAUCAGAUGGAGUUGACGCUUUUCAUGGUCGUCGUCCUGUUUUGGGUGACCGUGUGUGCGGAUGACAGUAAGAUCAUUUCAGACCGGUAUGCUGUGUACUGGAACAGCACGAAUCCCAGAUUCUUGCAUGGUGAAUACACAGUGGAGGUGGCCAUCAACGACUACCUGGACAUCUACUGUCCGCACUAUGAGGACCAUCUUCCUCAGGAGCGCAUGGAGCGCUACAUCCUUUUCAUGGUCAACUAUGACGGCUACACCACCUGCAACCACCACAUGAAAGGAUUCAAGCGCUGGGAAUGCAACCGCCCAAUGAGUCCGAAUGGGCCCCUUAAGUUCUCAGAGAAGUUCCAGCUGUUCACACCCUUCUCUCUGGGCUUCGAGUUCCGCCCAGGUCAUGAAUACUACUACAUCUCCUCACCACACCCCAACCUCGGUGGGAAGCCGUGUUUGAAGCUGAAGGUGUACGUCAAGCCUACCAAUGACUCUCUGUAUGAGUCUCCAGAGCCGUUCCUGACAGAUGACUCCAGCGGUGGUUGGGCAUUAACGCCCAGUCUGUGGCUCAUGCUUCCGCUGCUUCUGCUCCUGUGUCCCUCAUAGCAUUAUCACCCUCUGAGCAUGACCACGCCCACCCAACCUGCUUCGCCCCACCCCGCCCCGCCCCGCCCCUUCAUGCAUCACACUGACACGCCACGCCCCUUCAGCUCUGGAGUCCAACCAACAGACGUUGAUAUGGAUUUUUACCCAGCCUGCAACCCUGCAGGACAGCCGCUAACCAGCCCUCAUUUGCAAUGACAAUUAUGCCCCACCCAAAUGCCCAAAUUCGGGCAUUCCUGCAUCAGCUCUCUUGCUUGACUGACAAAAGACAGUGAAUUGGCCAGCUUUUUUGAGAGCGCUCUACUUUUCUGCCAACAUCCUACCAUCAUCUGCGUGUCAGGAGACAGAUUCAACCGACUGCCAUCUGAAUCGCUCUGUUUGUGUGCGUUAACCACCUACCUGAGCCUUCACUGUCAUCUGAGCUCAAUUUUCACGUUUGUGAGAGCGUGUGCUCGUGUUGAUGCUCUUGUGUUUGUGCUCGUUGGUGCGCGUAUGCCGAUGUUUGCAUAUGAACAAAUGUACAGAGCAGUCACAGUCAAAAUUACAAAAUUACAAAAUUACUAGAAAAACUUGUUCCAUUUUUCAUUGAGAGAAGAAGACACUUAUAUCUGUGAAUCUGCCAAAGACACUACUACAAUAAACUUUUUUAAUAAAAGGAGUGGGGAAAUACUGGCAUUGGUAGGCGAUUACAUGCAACCAUGGAACAUUUCAGGCUUUUAGAGUCAUGGGAGGGGAGUGACAGACAACGUAGAUUUUUCUAUUAUUAUCUUUUUUUUUGUCAUACAAAAAGAAACAAGAAAACAAGAAUGUGUAAUAGAUAAAAAAAAAAAAAAAACCUUAGCUAAAAAUGGCCUUUUUUCACUGGUGCUUAAUCUGAAAUGAGCUUGUCUGUCCUGAACUGCAAAAAGAUCAUUUUCUUAGUUAUUAUUUUUGACUUGUUUUCAAGUAAAGAUAUUAAAACCUUUGCAAACCAAGAUUCAUUUAUUUGGGGGGGGGGGGGGGUAAGAUAUAUUAUUUCAAAUAAUAGUCUAACAUUGAGUGACAUUUUAUCUACCCUAUUAGAAAAUUAUGGAGCCCCUGAAGUGACCUUUGUUAAAAAAGAAUAAAUAAAAAAAAGACAAGAAAAUGAAUAAAACAUUUUCUUGUUUUGUCACACAAUAGAACAACAGUUUUUCUCAGUCAUAUGUCAAGUGAACUGAAAAUGUUCAUGUUUUUGUGCAGAAGUUUUACACAUAUUCAUAAGUGUUUACAAGAUUUUUUUGUACAUACAAAAAACUUUCUUAAAACACAUAGAAAUGUUACUCCUGCAAAAGUUUCUUGUGCACAUUGCAAACAAAACAAACAAAAAAAAUCUGGUCAGUUCAUUUCAUUGUGUAUAUGAAAAAGUAUUUUUUGUAUGCAUGUAUCACUGAAAAAAAAAUAGUGUAGGAUUUACUUUGAAACAAAUUUCACUCAGAAACUGUUAGAAGUCACAAACGAGAAGCAGAUUUUGAAGUAGAAAAAAUGAAAUACUUUUUUUUUUUUCAUAAUUUUUUUUUACAAUUUUGAAACAUUUUUUUUUUUUUACAAUGUAGAUGCUUUUUGUGGCACUUUAGGGGCUCCAUAGCAAAUAAUAAUCUUUUUUGUUUGCUUGUUUGUUUAAGCAUAAAUCUGACAAAAUUUUGUGAGGUUUACAUAUAAGAAAAAAUAUUUAUUUUUCCAAAAUAAUAAUAAUAAUAAUAAUAAUAAUAAUAAUAAUAAUAAUAAUAAUAAUAAUAAUAAUAAUAAUAAUAAUAAUUCAAGAGAUAUAAAUUGGAAAAAAAAUAAAUAAUCAAAUUAUUAUCAAAUAAUAAUCUUACACUGAGUGACAUUUUAUUUUCCCUUUUGGAAAAUGAUGGUCUUAAUAUCUUACGCAAACAUACACAAGACAAAAAUACAGAUUAAGAGAAUGUAUUUCUGCAGUCUAUACAGUGCCAUGUGGAAGAGGGGAUGUCUGUGUCGAGAAAGUGUUUGUUGUCAGGUCAGCUUUCUAACUUUGGUCCUAGCCUGUGUCGCUCUCUGUAUCUGCCUCUCUCUAUCUCUCUCUCUCUCUCUCUCUGUUUCUCUCUUGCUGUCAUUUUUGAAUGUGGUCCGUUCUAUGUGCCGCCCCGUCACGCAAAGAUCUCCCACACUUGCACUUGCUCCCUUUAUCCGUGCUGAGGAGGACUGCUGAAUGAGAGGCCUCAGGACCCUGAGCGCCCGGUCCCUGUGACAUCGCUGUGACAUCACAGGCUUUGGUGUAAAGACUGACGGACCGAGGCCUUGCACUGCAACUAGAAACGCUACAUGAGACUCCAUAUGAGGGAUUCAAAAUCCACAUAGCACUUCUGCUUUUGAGACAAUUUCAUGAAAAAAAAAAAAAGAACAGAAAGGAGAUACUAUAAAGAUGUGGGAAUAUUUGUGCGUUGGAAUUGUUUUGUGACUGUAAAAAUAUAUGUCAUGAAGAUUUCAAGGCAAGUCGGCAUGGAUCGUAUAAGAGAGCGAGCAAUGUUUUUUAAAUGUUUGUUGGAACUUUUAUAUUUUACUUAUUCCUGUGUUAUUUUUAACUUUUCAAAAGAGCAGCAGAAAUUAUUCAUAUGUGAUAUGAAAUUAUAAUGUAGACCCUUGAAUUAUUAGAGCAACGAUGGUACCAGUUCUGCAGUUACAUGAGUCUAGACGAGUCAGAUGUUGCUGUUGUUGUUGUUGUUGUUUCCUGCUUGUAUCACGAUGCAUUCUGGUACAUGUAGUCCUGAAUUUUUUUUUCUCUCUCCAAGUGUUACUAUGAGAUUAUUUUUAUUUGUUAAUCAUGUGGAUAAACAUAUUUUGAGUUCAUAUAAAAUGUUCAAAUGCUCUUGCAAAGGACAACUACAAGAAAAAAAGGAAAAAAUGAAAUAAAGCUUUUUUGUUUAA